GAGCGAGCAGGUCUGAAAGUAUUCGGUCCAGCCUUUUCGGAGAAUGCUAGAGAUAUUCGGUAAUGGCGACAGGUCUGCCUGCUCAUGUGACAAGGUGUAAUAUGGUGUGGGAGGUAAAGACAGUCUCUAAAAGAGUGCAGGAAUCUGAGACAGAGUGUUCCGGCAUGGAUGAGGGCUUUGACCUGCUCAAGUGUAACGAAGACCUGCCAUCUUCACCAGGCUGCCCGUCUACUGAAGGCCCUACUGAAUAUGAUGAUUUGCCAGAACUACAGGAAGUGCAGGAUGACCAGUCGUCCCCAGCAGUGUUCCAGGUGGUCACAGGUGUGUCACACGAAGAGAGGCCUGAGCACGGCUGGAGCCCACAAUCAGAAAGCAGUAGCAUCUCCCACACAAACUGGCUCACAGAGCUAGCCAACAUCGCCACCAGUCCCCAAAGUCCUUUAGUGCAGAGUGCACCCCACCCCAGGUCUUCGCCUGUGCACAUCUUUGCCCACAGUAACAGUUUACAUUCCUAUGCUCGGCCUCCGUUGGCCUCCAGCAGUGCUCCCAGUCUUGCUCGUAGCCACAUGAGAGAACGUCGCCGCACGAGGGCUAGCAGCGAGUCUGAGUCUGGGUUAUUCUGUAUGUCUUCACUGUCUGAUGAUGAUGACAUGGGAUGGUCUCAUUCUUGGCCCUCCACAGUCUGGCACUGCUUUCUGAAAGGCACACGCCUGCGUUUUCACAAAGGGCCAAAUGUGGAGUGGCAGGAGGUAGAGGACAUGGCUGAGUCUGAGGAUGAGUCUGAUGAUGAAGGAGGCAUGCACCUCAGUCCUAUUAAAACAUAUGGAUGUGAGGGGUUGAAACUUGUGGCCCUGGAGGAGACGGUGUCAUUUGGCCAGUCGGUUCUGAAAUUAACCUUUGACCCUGGUUCUCAAGAGGCUGGUCUUCUAACUGCUGAGUGCCAAUUGGAUCAUCCAUUUUACGUGAAAAAUAAAGGUUGGUCCUCCUUUUAUCCGAGCCUUACUGUGGUGCAGCAUGGCAUUCCCUGUUAUGAAAUGCAGGUUGGGGACUUGUGUCUACCUCCAGGACACCGUGAUGCCAUCAACUGUGAUGACUCAACUGUUUUUGACACCUUCAGGAGUUAUGACUUCACCCCUCUGGACUCAUCUGCUGUGUAUGUGCUGAGCAGUAUGGCACGCCAGCGAAGAGCAUCCCAGUCAAGCGGGGGCACUGUGAGCCCUGACUGUGACAAGCUGGAGCGUUCUGGCUCUUCCCAUCACUCCCCCAGUAGCAAAUCACAACGUAGCCACUCCUCAGGGGGAAGUGGAGCCACGCCCACAAAAUGCAAACGGCCAAUGAAUGCUUUCAUGCUUUUUGCUAAGAAGUAUCGAGUGGAGUACACGCAGAUGUAUCCUGGAAAAGAUAACAGAGCUAUUAGUGUGAUUCUCGGUGAUAAGUGGAAGAAAAUGAAGAAUGAGGAGAGAAGGAUGUACACCAUGGAGGCUAAAGCACUGGCUGAGGAGCAGAAACGCCUCAACCCAGAUUGCUGGAAACGCAAGAGAACCAACUCGGGUUCUCAGCAGAACUAGCCAUUAAACAGGACUGGGAGCGAUUGACAUCACCUAUGGCAUGUAUCCGCCUGUAGAGAGGAGACUUAACUGUGAUGAUAAAAACCUAGAAAGCAUCAUUACAGCGAUACCUACAUAUGUGUAUUUGUGCGUGUAUGUAUAUGUGUGUGUGUGUGUGUGUGUGUGUGUGUGUGUGUGUGUGUGUGUAUACACACACACACACACACACACACACACACACACACACAUAGAUAUAUUAUAAAACAUUAUGAAGCAUAUUGAAAUAUCUAUGAAACUAACAGCGCAUAUAUUUUUCUUAUUCUUUCAAAAAAUUAUGAAAAUGCCUUAUUCUUCCAAAGUAAGAUAAUGCUCACUUGUACUUUCAGGUAAUUUUGUAUUUCUAUGCUUGAAAGGUGAGACCCUGUGGUGCUAUUUAGUGAGAGCAAAGGAGCAGUAUACAUAGCAAAAAAGUAUAUUUUUAAAUGUAAAAAGGAAUUUUAGAUGCUAGUCAGCUUGUUUUACAGUUGUUCAUAUGAGUUGUAUGUAUAACUCAAAAUAUUGCACUCAUUGUAUUGCAAAUGGACAAAUGUUGAAUUUCAUGUUCAUCAGUGAACUGGGAAUGGUUGUAUUCUGAAGACACCAGCCUAGACCAUAAACUGUGUGGGAGAAUGAGCAAUGUGCGUAUGGGUGUUUGUGCACCCUCCAACCGGCCAUAUUAUAGUGCAUAACAUGCUUUUACACAUACACACACACACACACACACAUACACAAACACAAACAUUUACUUGAUCACAAAUAAACACAAAUACAUGACAAUACACAUUCACUCUCACAUACAGCACUUCAGGGCCAUGCCUUCACUGUAAGUGUUUUGUUUUUGCACUUUACGUACAUACAUAAACUUGUACAACCAGUAAAUGUAUACAAACUGAUAUAUUGUGUAUAAAAUUAUAUAUAUAUAUAUAUAUACUUUACUCACAAUCAUGGCCAAACUGUAUAGUUUAUUUUCUGCUUUGUAGGGCUGCCAUCACAUUAGAGAAAAAGAGUUGUUGAUAAUGUACAGGUCCAUGUUCCCAUUCUGUUCUUGCACAAAAUAUUCUUGUAUCAUAUUAUAAAUAAAGUUUUAAAAUUAUUGUACACUCA